UUCCUCUGCAAAACUGUAACUAAUGGCGCGUUCCAGGCAGGUUUUUAAACCCGUGAGUUACGACUUCAAAACCACGACUCACGACCCUAUGCGUUCCAGGCAGCCUGUAACUCGUGUUUUUACAACCUUCUACCGGUGAAAGUGCACUUGAACGGCAGUCAAACCCGUGACUUCCCACCCGUGAACUCGUACUAGAUCGAUGUACUCCCAGUUCAGAGUCGUGAGUCGUGGUUUUGAAGUCGUGAGUUACGGGUUACAGGUUGCCUGGAACGCAGCAUUACUUUGAACAACAGGUGGCGAUAGAGACAUUCGUGUAGGUUUGUUAUUCUUCAAGAAUAAGACGUUCAAAAAUGGCGAUCAUAAUAACUGGCGUGAAAUUAUUUUCCUUUACCUUAUGCAUACGUCUGUCGCAAUGUGUUUGUGAGACAGACAAAUAAUCCGAUACACAAUGCGACGCGUUUAGUUUAGUUUUUAAUAAUUGUCUAAACAGCGCAGACAAGUUGUCAUCACUUUAUCGUAGAAGUUUUGGACUUUAGCAUGGUAGUUCCUAUACAGCCCUCUGUAGCUUUUUACUAAAUAAAAAAGCCAAAUACGUUGGCUGGGUAAGUUAUGUAAAGAUACAGCAGAUGUUUAAAGUUUAGCAGGCUUAAAGUGAAACAGAAGAUGGAGCAGCAGUCUGCUGGGAGCAGUGGAUCUGGGGGUCGUCUUCUCUCCAGCAUCGCUCUCAACGAUAACAAGGCUGGUAUGGAGGGAUUGGACAGAGAUAAGAUCAACAAGAUCAUUAUGGAGGCUUCAAAGGGAUCAAGAUUUUAUGAGAAUGAACUUAAGAAAGACCGUCAGGUGAAUCAGCGCAUUGAAAAGAUGAUGGAGCAAAAAGCCAAAAUCACCAAAGAACAGAUGAAGCAAGCACAAGCAGAGGUAGACAAGCUGAAAUCUGAACUGGAGAGGGGUCGAGAACUGGGCCGUGUGAUAGUUCAUGUAGACAUGGAUGCUUUCUAUGCUGCUGUAGAAAUGAGGGACUGCCCAGAGCUAAAAGACAAACCAAUGGCGGUGGGAUCCAUGAGUAUGCUGGUGAGAAUCUAUGGUAAAUCUCUUACAAUGUGUUUAUUAUCUCCACAGUGUAAUGUUAUUAAAACAAAUUAUUAUUGUCAGUCUACCUCCAAUUACCACGCUAGGAGAUUUGGUGUCCGUGCUGCCAUGCCAGGUUUUAUCGCUAAGAAACUCUGCCCAAACCUUAUCAUUAUGCCCACCAACUUUGACAAAUACAGAGCAGUGAGUGCACAGGUACGGGAGAUAUUUUCUGACUACGAUCCUCAUUUUAUGCCUGUGAGUCUGGAUGAGGCUUACUUGGACAUUACUGAACACCUGAAGCAGCGCAAGCACUGGCCUGAGUCCAUGAGAACACAUUACAUGGGUGAUGCCAAGAAAGAAAAUAAUCCAGACGUAUCUGAAGUUGAGUCCGAGAAAGAUGGACUGUCCCCAGUGCUGUUUGAAGACAGUCCAAGCUCCUCCCCUUUUCUGACUGAGGCCAAUGGGAAAGCAGUGGUGUUUGGGACGAGUGCAGAGGAGGCUGUGAGGGAGAUGCGCUUUCGUAUCGAACAGAAAACAUCUUUAACAGCUAGUGCAGGCAUUGCCCCAAACAUGAUGCUGGCAAAGGUGUGCAGUGACAAGAACAAGCCGAAUGGCCAGUACAGAAUUCCUCCUGAGAGAGAAGUUGUGAUGGAUUUCAUAAAAGAUCUUCCUGUCAGAAAGGUAUCUGGUGUUGGUAAGGUUACAGAGAAGAUGCUGGCUGCUUUAGGUGUUGUCAGCUGUACCCAACUUGGCCAGGAGAUGGCGCUAUUAUCCUUGCUUUUUUCAGAAACUUCGUGGCAUCAUUUUCUUCACAUAUCUAUGGGUUUAGGCUCCACGUAUAUUGAGAGGGAUUCUGAAAGAAAAAGUAUGAGCACUGAGAGGACGUUUGGGGAGAUGAGUGAUGCAGAGGAGCAAUAUUCUCUUUGCAGGGAACUCUGUCAUGAUCUAGCCCAGGACUUACAGAAGGAGGGUCUUAAGGGAAAAACUGUUACUUUAAAGUUGAAGAAUGUCAAAUUUGAAGUGAAGACCAGAGCAUUCACAUUGCAAUAUGCUGUCUGCACUGAGGAUGAAAUCUUUGCUGCUGCUAAAGAUCUCCUCAAAGUUGAGAUUGACGGUGUCAGCCCACAGCCACUGAGGCUGAGACUAAUGGGCAUUCGUGUGUCCAGCUUUAUUACUAUUGAAGAUAAAAAGCCUCUUCAGAGGAGUAUAAUGGGAUUCCUGCAAAAAGGUGGACCUGAUCCAAGUGGCUCCACACAGUGUCCCGAAUCUGUGCUUGAAUCUAAAGUAUGCAGUGAUGCCAAGUCCAGUGGAAGUCAUCUAAGGCCGCAUUAUAAAGAGAUAAAUGUACCUUCUGUCCCCGAACAAAUACUUAAAUCCAAAGGACAUCAGCAGCAAUCGUUUUUUCAAAAAGCACAGUCAAAUAGACUUCAGCAGCAGGAUCGAACAGCAAACAAUACUGCAGACACAGCUGCUGCUGCUGUAACACAGGCAGAUCUUUCAGUAACAAGCACACAAUUAGACACAAUAUCACAACAUGCAAACUCAGGGAGACACACAACAGAAUAUAUAAACAAGCAAGAAACAUUGCAGACAUUAUUUAAUAACACCUCAACAAUGCAGUGUCUCACCUGCCCUGUGUGCAACAAGGAGAUGAAGGCUGUAAACCUCGUAGACUUUAACCGCCAUAUUGAUGAAUGCCUCAAUGGAAGUGCAAUGGAAAAUAAACCAACAGACAUGGAUGAAGAUCGAGAUAAAUGCAGUGAAGAAAAAGGCAAACAGAAGGAGCCCUUUAGCAAGCUACCUGUAUCGAACUCAUGCAGUAGGACUUUGUUACAAUCAUCAAAUAAGAAACCGUCCUGUAAUAGUAAAGGAGAAAAGCCAUCUUUUAUCUCUGUACCAAUAGUGGACAACGAUGAAAGCUCUGAUUUCAAGAAGCCGUUUUUUAGGUGCAGGACAAAUGUAAAUGAGAAACAUUCAGGUUUUUCUAAUAAAGAGACGCGUGUUUGUGAAUCUACUUCUGAAAACUGUCACGAAUCACACAUUGCUGAGGCCGUCACUGCGUUGUCAGCUGACUCGAAAGGCCCGUCUUUGACAUGUCCUGUGUGCAAUCAACCACAGAGCACUGAUGACCUCACUCUAUUUAACCGGCAUGUGGAUAUGUGUCUCAACCAGGAAGUGUUGCUGGAAUUUAAAGGAUCUCAUUCAUCUUUGGAUCAGGCAGAUGCAUCGGCACACAGGAGCGUAGGAGACCAACUGCAAGACCAUGGAAAAUCUUCCAAAGUUAGGGAAAAAAGCAAAAGACAAGGAUCAUCUGCACUUCCUCCAGCUAAGAAAACUAAACUGCUGAACACAAAACACACAAUUGACAAGUUCUUCAAAGGCAACAUCUGACAAAAUUUCAGUUUAAACACGAGACCGUAAAAAAUUCUGUGUGUCCAAGCAUAUAAUUUUAUCUUUGAAUUUAUGAAGAAGAAACAUGAUAAUCUCUAAUGCCUUUCCUUGCUCUACCUUAGGCAAAAUGUUGACAACAUCAAAUCAUAAAUAAUAUAUAAUGAAUGAGAACUAUGUAUGCAUAGAAAAGAGUUUAAAAAAAAUUAAUAAUGUCUAAGAAUUUUUUUUUAAUAUACUUUAUUGUAUUUAUUGAAAUGUGUAUGUGUGCAAGCAAAUCACUAUAUAUUUCUUAUGUGUCUCUUUUAUUAGGGGUUCAAGCCUUAAGUGCUGGAACCCUAUUGCAUUUUUAAAGAGUUUUUUACAACCCCAAAUCAGAGAAAGUUACCGUAUAUAACACAAUGUGUAAAAUGUGAAUAAAACAGAAUGCAAUAACUUUAAAUCUCAAUAAAUACUAUUUCAUUUACAA